AUGAUGGUAGGGCAAGCAGAGCUUACGCGUGAAUCACACAAGCUGAUUCAAGAGUUGAUUGCAGUUUCGUUAUACUGUAUUAGUUACUUGAGAGAUCUUUUUCCAGAAAAUCACUAUUCCGAUUACAAGUACUAUGAUACAACAGAGCCAACAUCAGAUUCCAAUUUUAUUUUGACCAAAAAAUUACAGGGAAACGAUAAUGCUGAAAUAAAUAUGUUCAUCAACUAUAUUGAGAAAGGUAUCAAUGACGCUAUCAAGUUGGAAUACCUAAAAGGUGUACUGUUUGAAAUAUUCUUAUCAAAGGAACAUCCGCAGUUGAUUUGUGAAAGUUAUUUGUUUACAAUCAACUACCUGAGGCAAGAAGUCUCAAUAAAUGAUGAAACAUCGUUCAGAGCAACUAAAACUACUAUAAUCCAAAGUAUUCAGGGAAUCGUCAAAAGAUUGAUUUUGCUAACGCAAACGUUUGACAGACUACCAGACGAAAAAUAUUUUGCAAUAAGGUUGUUAUUCAACGAGUCCUGUCCAGUUCGGUAUCAACCACCAUAUUUUCAAGAUGCUACUUAUGCAAAACCCAGUUCAAUAACUGUUAAUCAAGGAUAUAUUGGGUUAGAAAUCAGUCAAAUGAAUGCUUACAACAACUGUGUCAAAAUGAAUAUUUUGGUUGAAACCUGUAAAUUGGAAAACUGCCAUAGUAUUGAUCCAUUUGACUUAGUUGACAAACAAAUUGACCAAUUUGAAGCUGUUCCAUCAUGUAACAUUGAUUUGGAUGAAUAUUUAGACGAUCCAAAUAUGACAGAGGUGCAAAGUCAGAAGCAAAAGACAAACACAUUUGAGGUUACCAAUUGUCGAAAGUGUAACAUUAGUAUUUAUUCAGUUGCCUAUGGCUAUAAUAAGCCAAUCAAAAAUUCCAUCACUUGCUUCAAAUGUUUAUUGAAAAAUAAAUUUGACAACGAUUUGAGCAUCUUAAUGAGCAUAAGAUUAUUAUGGCACUUUUUUAUGAUGAAUGAAUUUCCAUCAUUUGAAAAGUCGCUAGAAUUGAUACAUUUGGUUCAUACUGGAUCAGUUGUGCAUGUUUUCAACAAAAUGUUUAGUGACAAAAUACUUGUUGUCACAAAUAAAGCAAUGUUCGGUCCCAAUUCUGUAGAUUUUAUUUCCGGAAGUGGAAGCUUUAUCCCAACGGUAGAAGGUAUUAUCGCCAAUGAUGGUAAACAACUACAGAAACAUUCCGAAUAUUUUGUUUCCUUUGUUCCCAGAAUGUGCACAAUCCCGUCGUUUUUUGCAUAUAAUAAGAAACUAGAUUCUGUUUAUUUCCCGAAUUAUUUAGUUCAACGAGCUGAUUUUGUAUUGAGCAACUUGCAAAAAUUUAAAGCAGGUAGCUUUGGCAAGCGCAUUGUGGGAUCAUCAUCGUCAUCGUCACUACAGGUAACGAAGCCAAACUCAAAAUCUGGUGCCAUUUGCAAGUUAAAAAGUGGUGGCCGUGGCCGUGGCCGUCCAUCAUUGGUUUCCUCUCUGUUUAAGCCAAGUUUGCAUCCAAGUGGAUCUAUUUAUUCUCAGUCCAAUAGCAUAAUUGAAAGUACUAAUGAUAUGACACCGUUGCAACUAAAGGAAGAGAGUUCCCCAACAACUGUAGUUGAGUGCUCCACACAAAAUAUUUCCGAAACCCUUGACGAUUUAUCUUUUGAAGAAUCAUUACAGUAUUUGUCUCAGUCACUGGAACUUCAAAUUGUCAAGUGCAAACAACAGCAGCAACAAGAACAACAGUACUAUCCCCCAAAUUUUUACCAGAAGAAGAAAAAUAGGGCAAGAAAACAAACUUAUAUUUGA